AUGGUAGGUGUGGAGAGUUCUGAAGCAAUCUUUAUGAUAGAGUUACCAUAUUACAUAUCUAAGUUCAUACAUUUGAAACAUCUUGAUCUUCAAUGGACAAGGAUUAAAACUCUACCAAAUUUCAUCACCAAGCUCUACAAUUUGCAAACACUGAGAGUUUCGUCUUUUUAUUUUCCUCCAUUUCGUGGUUUGAAAGAGCUGCCUUCUACACCUUUUCCUUUGGAAAAGCUUCCAAAAAAGUUCUAUGAGUUGGUGAGCUUGAGACAUUUUUGUAUUGAUGAUAAUGAAGAAACCAGAAAAUUGAUGCCAAUGAUGAUAGGGAAGUUGACUUCUUUGCAGACAUUACCAUUCUUUGUUGUUGGUGAGGAUGAGGGCCAUAAAAUUGAAGAGCUGGGUAGCUUAAGCAAACUAAGAGGUAAAUUAAUGAUUUACAAUCUCGAACAGGUGAAAGGCAGGGAAGAAGCAGAAAAGGCAAAUAUAUCAGGAAAGCUGAACAUUCAUGAGUUGGGAUUUCAUUGGGUUAGGGUGGGCAGUCCUUCAACGGUAGAAGACAUUGCUAGCAUUAACCACGAGGAUGUGUUGGAAGGACUUAAACCUCACGGGAAUCUUAAGGGUUUAAAACUCCAGAAUUUUGAAGGAAAAAAUUUUGCAUCAUGGAUGAUGAGCGGUAAAGAUGCGCAAUUGCUUCAAAAUUUGGUUAUGAUCGAAUUAUCCGAGUGCACGAGAUGUGAACAAGUCCCACCACUCGGACACCUUCCGCAUCUUGAAGUUAUCAAAAUGUCUGGAUUAAGUAAUCUGAAACGUAUUGGUCCUGAAUUCUAUGGCUGUCACAGUGUUGUUAAUCAUGAUCAUGAUAAUGAUGGCAACAUCACUGGUAGCUAUAGUGGGGCAGCAACAGCAACAACAACAACAGAAAAAGCUAUGGCCGUUGUAUUUCCAGCACUAAGAGAACUUCAUCUAGAAGAUAUGCCAAACGUAGAAGAAUGGUGUGGGCUUGGGGUAUCAUCAUCUUCGUCGGACACCACGAUGUUCUUUCCUCUGCUUGAGUUUGUAUGCAUUAGUAAUUGCCCUGAGUUGACUACAAUUCCAGGUCACUUGUUAUCCUUACAGGAAUUGAUUUGCAAAUAUAACUGGGCUUUUUCUGAGAAAACUAGAAAUACGCAUCGCCCUUACUUGAUAAUAGAGGCAUUUGGGGUUUCGAAAUGGAAGAAUGGUGUUUUACUGGUAGAUUUGCUGGAAAAAAGUGGCAACACCCUAAGAAAGCUGAGAGUAAGUGAAUUGGAAGAGCUAUGUUAUUUGGCAAAUAACUUACAAAACCUUGCGUCUCUUGAAGACUUGACGAUAGAAAACUGCCCAAAUCUAAAGUCUAUAAUUAAAGAAACAGAAGAAGAAGAAGAAGAAGAAGAAGAAGAAGAAGAAGAAGAAGAAGCAUCCAAUUGCAGCGGCUUAACAUCUCUUAAGUGGCUUCGGAUUUCAUGGUGCAGCAAUUUGACAUGUUUACCAAAGGAGCUGUUUCAACAAACCCUUGUAACAUUAGAGAUAGAUGGGUGUCCGAAUUUAAUAAUUGAUCCACAUGAAUUAUGCAGCAGGCUCACAUCCCUUCAGAGCUUGACGAUUCAUCAAUGUCCAAGAUUGGUGGGUUUUUGGGAGGAGAGGCUAUUUUUCCUGACCGGCUUUCAAACCCCAAACACUACCCCUUCCUCUCCUUGGUGUCUCUAACUCUAUAUAGCUGGAAAAGGCUCAAGUAUCUGCCUGAUCAACUUCAGCACCUCACUACCUUGAGACACUUGUCAAUUUCAUUUUUUGGACUGGAAACUCUGCCGGAGUGGCUGGGUAGCCUUUCAUCUCUUCAUUCUUUGGAGCUUUUCGAUUGCGAGAACUGAUGAAUCUUCCCACCCUGGAAGCAAUGCAACGCCUCACCAAUUUACAAUCUUUGAACAUUAUUUGUUGUUCCCUUCUAAAGGAAAGAUGCGAAAGGGAAAGCGGCCAAGAAUGGCACAAGAUUGCCCAUAUUCCAUCCAUCUACAUCUCGGAGAUUUAUCUUUAAAGGUCAGGAGAUGAAUGAUGAAUCUUCCUCUACAAAUGAUGCAUCUUCUUCUUCAAGAUGAACCAUUAAAUAGUCUACUGCCAAUUAUGUUUGUUAAUAUCUCUGUGCUCCCACAAAUUGCUAUGUUACAAGGUCUCUUCUACAAGGAAGAGUUCCAGUUUUUCUUCGAGUGCAAAUGCUGGAUUUAUUAAUAGUCGAUGUAGGGAGAAGCGGUAAUCGUUGGUGCACAUGAUUUUGCACAAUCAGAGCAAUGUUUUGCAAACUUUGUAGGUUAUUGCAUGUGAAGCUAAAAGAAUAAUUGUCUAUAGUUUUGGGCUACGGAGAUCAAACGCACCUCAUGAUUUGUGAGUGAGGUAGUUUGAGCAGGAGGCAAUUAAUCUAAUGAUGAAGUUGUAACAACAUUCCACUUGGAGGAUUGAAUCAUAUUAUUUUACAUGUGAAGCCAAAAGACUAAUUUUGUCUGUAGUUUUGGGUCACAAAGUUCAAGUGCAGCUGAAGAUUUGCAGGUGGUAUUCUCCCUUUAUCCCUAAUUGAUUAACUAUGACACUCCUAUAAUUAGAAAGCACUAAUCUUUCUUUAAUGAAAGAAUUGGCGCAAUCACUAUCUGAUAUUUGAAUUGAAUUAAGGUAGCUUGCUGGAAAUAGGUGCUUGAGCUGGAACUCUCUCGUCAGCUGGAUCAGCAUACACUAUUAGAAGGUCUAAGUGCUUCCGAGUCGAAAAGGAUAGCUAGCAGAGCUAAAACAAACUUGACAAAAAUCAAGUGCAGCUCAAGAUUUGCAGCUUGCAAGAAGAAACACAUCCUAUUCCUAGGUGGGGAAUCCAUCCACAACCUUGCUGGCUACGCAUAAUCUUUGAAUUUGGGCAAAGAUGCUAUGGCCAUCAAGGGAGUGAACUCAUCAUUCGAAGACUCUGGUUUCUCUUACUUCUACACAUUCUACAUUUCUAAAUUUUUGAGUGAGAAUCAUCAGCAGGUCAAGUGGAGUGCUAUUGACUGAAUUGUGAAAAUCCAGUCUUGGGUUUUUGGCAACUCUUCUAGUUUAUUAAACAGUAGUCGAUACAGAAGGAGUGCUUGUCAAAUUUAGGUUCAUUCGAUCUUUUUUUGGUUGUAUUGUGAAAUUCAUUUUGCAUAUUUACUGUAACAUACAAUAAUGUUAUUUCUCCCUUUUUAUUGUUUUGUUGGUUGUUGAAUUUAACCACAGCAUGUAACCCAAGCCAGAUAAAUAUAAAUAUGUAUUCAUUUCAUCA